AUGGCAUUAUCGAUCGUUGAAAAGAAAAUGGAGAUGCUGCCUACAAUUUCAAGUGAACAUGAGGUGCAUCCGAUACACGAUCAACGAAUAAAAGCUCAGUAUGAACGUCAAAUUCAAGUGUGUGAGACAUUGAAGAAACAGUUGGAAGCAAUGAAUGCUACGUCGGGACUUUUUCCAAUGCAACAAUUCAUGGAGAUUCGAGAUUUUGCAAGUCGAGUCAACAAGAAAAAGGCUUAUCGGAAACGAGCGAAGUUGCUGCGACGACGUGCUGAUGCACGUAUUCGGCGAGCAAAAGAUUUGGAAAGUCGUGAUGUGGAAGCAAGGGGCAAAGAUGAAGUGGAACUAAAGAUUAUUGAGAAUGAUGAGUCUAUUGAAGAAAAGACAGUGUCUUCUCUUUCGGAAUGCGUUGCUCCUAAACAACAGACGGCGACUUGUUUAUUAACAAAUGAACGCAACUCGUCAAAGAAGUCUUUGGAUCCAGAAACCUUGACGAUUGACGCGUUCAUUACUGUUCGACGAGCUUGGGACGCGUUCAUUGCUUUUCCGCAGACACGAGGAGCUUCCACGAUUCCUCCGCAUUUUGUGCCGCCGCCACCUGCGCCGUCUGUUCAGUGGGCUGAAUAUGUCGCAUCCCCCGCCCAUAUAGGUAGUGGAGGCUAG